GUCACUUCCUGUGUUUUAAAUAUGGCGGAUAAAUGCAUAGAAAUGUUUUGUAAGCUUUGAACCUUCAAAAAGUAAUUUUAUGACAUAACUUCGCUUCUGACCGAAGCACAUCCAAGAUAAAAUCAAAGCAUCUCUGCAGAUUUCAACAUGAGCAGCAGAAGGAAACGCGCGCCCCCCGCGCGCGUGGACGAGGAGGCCAAAAAGAGAUUGAACUGGAACAUGCAUGAAGAUCGAAGAACUGAAGGAGAUUUUAAAGACAUUCAGGAGACAUUUCCAACAACUUCUGACAGCUGUCAGUCUGGAUCAGUGCUGGAGAGAAGGCUGCAUGAGCAGGGAGAAGAAGGACCAUCAGAAGAAGAAACGAGCUGCUCCACACAGGAUUCAAUCCCAGAUACUACAGAACUGAGCGUACUGCCCCUUUCUGCUCUGGAUCAAGGAUGGAAUGCCCUGAUCGGAGAGUUCAACCUGUAUCCAAAGAUUCCUAUUGAACUUGGGGACGAUAUUUUCUGUCUUCGGCAAACAGGUGACAGACUGAGUUUAAAUGUAAACUGUCAUGAGGCUGAGAGUGGCAGCUCCGGUCCUGUCGGCCCUGUGCCGGUGGAUUGUUCUUUUGGUGGAUUAUUGUUGGUGGAUCUGGACUGGCUACAGAAGAGGAAAACCAUUCAACUGUGUCACACAUCAGGAGAUGGAUCCCUGAAGUUGAAAAUAUUUCUUCUCGAUUCGGGGAUCGGGAGGCCAGAAUUCCUCAGUGAUGGAAAUGGGCGAAUCAGAAAAGCCAACCAACUACUGCAGAAAUUAAUGGAGUUCUUCUAUGACUUCAUCAUCCCUGAAGUGAUGGGGAAUGAGGAGGAGGAGUGCGACACAGAGCUAGAACGUCAGAACGUCGAGGAACUGUAUGAUUAUGUCAGACAUCAUCACCAGACGGAGGAGGCAGAGCCAAGCUUUGAUGUCCAGCACCCGGGUCUCAUCCCGGUUCUGAGAGCCUAUCAGAGACAAGCGGUCAACUGGAUGCUGAAGAGAGAGAAGAAGAACAUCAGCAGCAGAUCUCAGGGACAAAGACUGCACUUUCUUUGGCGAGAGGUGGUCACAGUUUGUGGAAAAAAACUUUUUUACAAUCCCUACACCGGCUGCUUGAUCCGAGAGUUUCCUCUGGCCGGAGUCGACUGGCCCGGAGGGAUCCUUGCUGAUGAGAUGGGACUCGGGAAAACUGUAGAAGUACUGGCUCUUAUUCUGUGUCACACGCGUCAGAACCUGGAGCACGGCGCUCUCACGUUACCUGUGGGACAAUCUGUGAAUUAUUUUGUCCCUCCACCUCCAUUAGUGAGACAAAGAACCAUCGAGCGUGAGGUGAGACCCAAGGAGAAGAUUGUAUAUCCAGUUGUCCGUGAGAUGUUGUUGACCGCGAUACAAGAGAUGAAAGUUAGGAAGGGAGCGUCAGUCAAUGCCAUUUUGACAUAUUUAAGGACUGUGUACAAGUAUGACACCCUAAAGAACCGGAAUCACAUAAAGAAGAUCUUGAGUAAACUCAUGAGUGAGAACAUCGUGGAGCAGAUCAAAGGACGAGGGUUAGCAGGAUCCUUCAAACUGGGGAAGAACUACAAAGAGAAGAAAAAGAAACCUGCCACCCCUCCAAGUAAGUCAACAGAAACAGUCACUCCCAGGAGAACAUCUCGACGGGUUUCUGGUCUGGAGAAGGAGGCGACCAUGACCUCCUACACCACAGCAUCAGAUUCUGAAGACACACUGAGCGGCGUGGAGCCUUCCCUCCUCAACGAGGAACUAAAGAGUGAAGCAAAAUCUCUUCUGGAGUCACACACAAAACAACACAAGACAUCAGAAGAUAUGAGCGAUGAAGAUGAUAAAAAAACAGCCGUGUGUCUUCAAGAUGAACCCAAACGUGAAGCAGAGGAGAUCUCUAAACCAGAACCUGAAACCCCAACCAGAGCGUCUGUGUUCCCGUUCAACACGUCUGAUUACCGCUUCGAGUGCAUCUGUGGAGAGCUCGGUCUGGUGGACUACAAGCCUCGUGUCCAGUGUCUGAACUGUCUGCUGUGGCAACACGCCGAGUGUGUGAAUUAUAAAGAGGAGAACCUGGAGACCACCCCGUUCUACUGCCCUCACUGUCUGGUGGCCAUGAAGCCCGUGUCCACCCGUGCCACCCUAAUCAUCUCACCCAGCCCCAUCUGUCACCAGUGGGUGGAUGAAAUAAACCGCCACAUCCACACAUCAUCCCUCAGAGUUCUGGUGUACCAGGGCGUAAAGCGACAUGGUUUCAUCCAGCCACACAUUCUGGCCGAACAAGAUGUGGUGAUCACCACGUACGACGUGUUGCGCACUGAACUCAAUUAUGUCGACAUCCCCCACAGCAAUAGCAUAGACGGACGGCGAUUCCGCAAACAGAAGCGAUACAUGGCUGUGCCGAGUCCUCUGGUGGCCGUGGAGUGGUGGCGCAUCUGUCUGGAUGAAGCUCAGAUGGUGGAGUGCACAACUGCAAAGGCUGCAGAAAUGGCCUUGCGUCUCACAUCUGUCAAUCGUUGGUGUGUCAGUGGAACUCCUGUGCAGAGAGGUUUAGAAGAUUUGUAUGGACUCGUACUGUUCUUGGGAGUCGACCCUUACUGGGUCAAAUACUGGUGGGAUCAGUUACUCUACCGUCCAUAUCGCCAUGGCAACACGGGACCUCUCUACAGCGUCAUCAGUCAACUACUAUGGCGAUCUGCCAAAAAAGACGUCAUCGAUCAGAUCCAGAUUCCCCCUCAGACGGAGGAGAUCCACUGGCUCAACUUCUCCCCGGUGGAGGGACAUUUUUAUCACCGUCAGCACGAGGUUUGUUCCCAGGAUGCUCUUCUCCAGCUGAGGAAGAUCUCGGAUUGGUCGCUCAAGCUGGGCAGUUUGGAUCGGCGUACGGUGUCGACCAUACUGUACCCGCUGCUGCGUCUGCGUCAGGCCUGCUGUCACCCGCAGGCCGUCAGAGGAGAAUUCCUGCCCUUUCAGAAAAGCACAAUGACGAUGGAGGAGUUGUUGAAGUCUCUGCAGAAGAAGUGUCGUGUGGAGUGUGAAGAAGCUCACAGACAGCUGGUGUGCGCUCUCAACGGUCUGGCAGGAAUCCACAUCAUCAGAGCUGAAUUUGUGGAAGCAACGGAGAUGUACAGAGAGGUGCUGCGCUCGUCUGAAGAACAUAAAGAAAGACUGAAAACUGAUUCCCUUCAGCGGCUUCAUGCUUCUCACAACCUGAUGGAACUUCUGAGUGCAAAGCAUCCUGGGAUUCCACCAACUCUGAGAGAUGACCGUCUGAAAGAUGAGGCCGAACAGCUGAAACAGCAUUACAUGGCCAAGGUGAAUUCUGAGGUGUCUGAAGCCCAUCAGAACCUUCAGCCUGUUCUUCAGCACAUUAAGGAUCUAAAGCGCAAGGUGAAUCUUCGCUCCCCCUGGUGGCUGGACGUCGUACAGCAAACCAUUCAGCAGUCCACGGACGACGACCUCGUGAGCCGGAUCCAGAAUGAGCUGACGUGCAGUUAUAAACAAGAAGCCAACAAGCUUUCAAUGGCAGACAAGUUUCGUGACGGUCGUGGUCUCCAGUUUUUGCUCAGCACUCAAAUGGAUGAUCUGAUGAAAUCUCAGAAAACGGUUCAGGACGCCGUUAAGAAGCUGGAAGGACCGCCGUCUCAACAAGUCAUCGAGGAAGCGACACUUUGCCACCUGCGACCUGUUCGACUUCCACUUAACAAUUGUGUGUUUUGUAAAGCCGAUGAACUGUUUACGGACUACGAGUCAAAACUGUUCUCUCACACGGUCAAAGGGCAGACGGCCAUCUUUGAAGAGAUGAUUGAGGAUGAGGACGGGCUGGUAGACGACAGACUCCCCACCACCAGUCGUGGUCUCUGGGCGGCCAGCGAGACAGAGCGAGCCCUUAAAACCAUUUUGUCCUUCGCUAAGAUCCGCCGCAUGGAGUCUGGCCUUAUAGAAGAGGGAAACGCCUUUAUGGAGCUCUUUGAGUCCUGGAAGAAAGAAUAUAAGCUGUUGCACGAGUACUGGAUGUCUCUGCGAGAUCACGUGUCUGCUAAAGAUGAGCUGGGCAUGGCCACAGAACGUCUGCGUGUGAGGUUACCCGAUGAACCCAAACCCAAAGUCCUGCACAUCAUAGAACCACACGAGGUGGAACAGAACAGAGUCAAGCUGAUCAAUGACCGAGCAGUCGCCAAAUCACAACUGCAGAAGAAACUCGGACAGUUUCUCUACCUUACAAACCUGGAGAAGUCCCAGGACAAAUCAACAGGUGGUCUGAAUCCGGAACCGUGUCCCAUCUGUGCUCGACCGCUGGGUCAGGAGUGGGCCGUCCUCACCUGUGGACACUGUUUCUGUAACGAGUGCAUCGCCAUCAUCGUGGAGCAGUACAGCUUCGGCAACCGAUGGCGAGCCAUAAAGUGUGCCAUAUGUCGACAGACCACCUCACAUUCAGAAAUCUCAUACGUCUUCACCACUCAGAGCGCCGACCAGGGCCAGGACAUCCCUGUGCAGGGUAGCCACUCCACGAAGGUCGAAGCUGUGGUUCGAGUCCUAAAGAAAAUCCAGAUGAGCGACCCGGGAGCCAAGUCUCUGGUGUUCUCCACGUGGCAGGGCGUCCUGGACAUCAUUGCCAAAGCACUUUUCGACAACAACAUGGAGUUUGCGCAAAUCAACGGGAUUCACAAGUUUCAGGAGAACCUGAGCGCUUUCAAAUAUGAAGAAAAGAUCAACAUCCUGCUGCUGCCGCUACAUACGGGUUCAAACGGCCUGAACAUCAUCGAGGCGACGCACGUGCUGCUGGUGGAACCCAUUCUAAACCCCGCCCACGAGCUGCAGGCCAUCGGGAGAGUGCAUCGGAUUGGUCAGACCAAACCUACAUUUGUGCAUCGGUUCCUGAUCAAGUCCACCAUUGAGGAGCGGAUGCAGGCCAUGCUCAAAACAGCUGAAAAGACUCACAGUUCUACGCCCAUGAAGCAUUCGGAGGCCUCUGUGUUUACCGUGGCAGACCUGGCCGAGCUGUUCACAGAGGAUGGAGAAGCUCUUGAGUAAACGGUCCUGUGACGCUCACCGCCGGACCUGCCCGUCUAUGAAACAGUAAUGAUGAACAUUACAAUAACAACGAGCGUAUGUUUGCUUUGCACAUUCCCCGUUCUGUACGGCCUAUACCAUGGUGUCAUUUAUUCAUCGCUGUACCACACAGUAUAACACUGUUGUGUCUGGAUACGUAGAUUGUCUCAUUGACUUAUUUACAAGUCUGUGUCAUUUUUAUUAUAUUUUAUUUUACAUAUACAUAUACAUUUUAUUUUAUUUUAUUAUUUGUUGUGUAUAUAUGAACUCCUUUUUUUUAUGUUUCUUCAUGAUGUACAGUUGGCUGGUUUUAACAUUAGGGACACUGUAUUUGUGAUUUUAGUCACAACGUUUUGUAUAGAAAAUAUCACAAAAGAUCCACAUUUGUCAAACUGUGAUGUGAAGUUGUUCAAAACAUGAAAAUAAACGGCAGUAACAACUACGUUGAGAGUUACACUCUAA